CGCUAACGUGAUUGAUUCUGCUUCUGCUCGACUUGUGCACUUUUAAAUUUCUGGCCGUGUGACUAGGCUGUCCCAGGAUGCCUUCUUUUACAAACGGUGGGAAUGCCGAAUCGGAUACAUUUUUGUUCACUUCCGAGUCUGUUGGUGAAGGACAUCCAGACAAAGUUUGUGAUCAGAUAAGUGAUGCCAUACUUGAUGAGUUUCUGCGCCAGGAUCCUGAGGCUAAAGUAGCAUGUGAAUCCUUCGUAAAAAGUGGACUUAUUCUUGUUGGGGGCGAAAUCUCGUCGAACGCUGUAGUUGACAUACAGAAAACUGUCCGCGAUGUUGUGAAGCAUAUCGGUUACGAUGAUACUCACAAGGGUUUAGAUUAUAAGAAUUGCAAUGUCUUAACAGUAAUUGAGCAACAAAGUGCAGAUAUCGCGAAGGGUGUACAUGAAGGAAGAAAAAUUGAAGAUAUUGGUGCUGGAGACCAAGGAUUAAUGUUUGGUUAUGCAACUGACGAAACUGAAGAAUGUAUGCCCUUAACAGUUACCCUAUCACACGCUUUAAAUAAACGCAUAGCCACAUGUAGGCGUAAUGGUAUUUUGCCGUGGGCGGGUCCUGAUUCAAAGACUCAAGUGACCGUAGAGUAUUUAAAUGAUCAUGGAGCUUGUCGACCUUUACGAGUACAUACAGUGGUCAUUUCUACACAACAUGAUGAACAUGUAACUUUGGAAAAAGUUCGAGCUGAUUUAAUGGAAUAUGUUAUUAAAGAAGUAAUCCCUAUAAAUCUCUUAGAUGAAAAAACUAAAUAUCAUUUAAAUCCAGCUGGAAGAUUUGUAAUUGGUGGUCCUCAAAGUGAUGCUGGUUUAACUGGCAGAAAAAUCAUUGUAGACACAUAUGGAGGCUGGGGUGCACAUGGAGGUGGGGCAUUUUCUGGGAAAGAUUAUUCCAAAGUUGAUCGAUCCGCAGCUUAUGCAGCACGUUGGGUGGCUAAAUCCCUUGUAAAAUCUGGCCUUUGUCGCCGUGUCCUAGUCCAGCUCUCGUACGCUAUCGGGAUUGCAGAACCAUUGGCUAUUAAUGUAAACAGUUAUGGAACUGGAAAGAUUAGCGAUAAGAAAUUAUUGGAUAUUAUUGUGAAUAAUUUCGAUCUACGUCCUGGAGUAAUAGUCAAAGACUUAGAUCUCCGAACACCUCGUUAUUUACAAACUGCUGUUUAUGGCCACUUUGGUCGACCGGAAUUCCCAUGGGAACAAUGUAAAAAGUUAACAUUCUAACUUGUGAAAGAUCAAGGCAUCCGUUUUUUGUUGAAAACCCAAUCGUGAAUAUAUUUAUAUAUAUAAUAAAUUGGAGACACAAAUUCUGUUUGUUUACUACUUUACGUAAUUUUGCAUUUGCUAGUCACAUCCUUUUCAAUCACCUAUUACUACUCCCCCACUCCACUCUUCUACUCUCUAAAGUGUUCUCUCAUAUUUAUAUAUCGCAUCAUGGAACUGAUUCGUUCAUUAGUGUAUUUAAAAUAAUCAUUGUCAUUCCUUGGUUAUGUUGUACGAUUUUUUUUUUAAAAAAAAAUUAAAAUUGUGGUAGUGAUUGUUUCGCUGUGGUGCUGGUACUGUGGUCGAUUUGCUUUCAAGUGUAGUUUAGUCUAUUUUGAGGAAAAAGUAAAUAAGCAGUUACAUAAUGCAAUGUGUGUAUCUGAAGUGCGAAUUCUUUAACGAAUGACCAAAUUUACAACUUUCUAUUGAUAUUGAUAGUCCGACCGUAGCUGCCUCUUUGACAUGGUGGUCACACUUGCUUGUCGUCGUAAUCCCGUAGAGUUACAUUAUAUUUUACUUAAAACGAUCGGCAUGUAGUUUUAUAUCAUCUGAAAUACUUGACGUCUUACUGUAACCACGGAAGGAGUAUAUCUUAGGAAUUCUUAAAUUGUCUAUAUGGUAACAAGUCACUGCAUGAUGAGGUUUCUUGAAAUCAUCUUGAAAGUUACUAAGAUCUCAGAUGUCUGGUUAAACAUUAUGUGGAUAUGACUCAAAAUUGCACUGUAAGAAGAAUAAUAACCAUUUCUUACUAUCUUUACCGUCCAGUUAAUCUAUUAAACUUCUUUCCUCAUUUCCAGUUCUUUGUUGUCGGCAUAGUCUAUCCACUUUGUAAUCAUGCUCGAUCUAAUAUUUCCCUUGUGGAUUGUCAGUUUGAUUUUUAAUGCUUCUGUUUUCACUCCAUUUGUGUCUCGCCACCGUUUCUAAUCACUUUAUCCCCAUAAACAAGUUUUCAGUCCGUUUUUAUGAAUUAGCUCACUCGUAUUGUGCAUCGUCAAGUGUUAGUCCAUUAAUUUCACGUACUACUGCCUUGGAGUUAUUCAACUUCCAACAUUUUCCUCAUGAACAACCUUGUUUGCUUCUUAGUCGUCUUAAUAUCACAAAAAAUGCACACGUUUAUUGUGUGACAUAUGUUGCUAGUAUUGCUUGUUUAUGUGAUAGCAGCUUAUGUAAGUUUAUAGUAUUACAUUUUCAUGUCGAGGGCACAUGUCAUGUCACCAAAUGCCGCAGUACGGCCGAGAGUGGGGAGAGUUAGCUCUCUCUCCAAAUGCUCUCAAGUGGCUACGUGCAUACAACCACUGAUGGGGAAAUCCUACUCACUGCCUUCUCGCGUUAGAGGUGUUGUUUACGAAAUGCGAAUGUCCGGUGCUUUAACUGGGUUGGUGGGUACAAGGGAUCCAUCAAGGGGAGUUAGAAAACCCUGAUUCCAAACCAAUGGUGCAUAUGGGCUUCAGGAUCUUGAGGGAACAAAUGGUUUAUGAACCAAUCGUUGGUGACUGGUUACCAUGGGACUGCAUCUGCUUACCUUGCUUGACUGCGUUUUGGAUCAGAGAUUUAUAUUAAAGGCUCGGGAUGUGACCUCAUAAGAAAACCACCUGCUUCAGUUUGGGCUUCCGAGCAGUAUCCCAGCCCUUACAUCAAUCGAAUGAUUUAUGUGGCGCAUAUCUAUUCGGUGUCUCCUUGUACCAAAGUUUUUGUGUUUAAAUAAAUAAAGAACCUAAACUGGCUAAAUGUCUAUAGGUAAACAAACAAUAACCAAUGGUUUGCAAAAUUAUUCUUAGCUUCAUGUGAUGUGAUUACAAUUAUUUUUCCGUUUCUCAAUGAUUCCGUCAUUAAUAGCAAGUCAUUUAGAUUUCAAAAUUUCUGGGAGACAAUAAGGCAUUAUUAUCUAUAAACAUUCUGAGUAGUGGCCAGUCUCAUGCUUCUCUAGUCUUAAGUGCAAGUCAGGUUUUUAAUCUUCGCUUUGCCCGCGUAUCUAAAUGACUUGGUACUACAUGUUUAUAACUUCUGUGGAUACGUAAGUUGUGCUAACCAAGACAAGAGCCGAUGGGUGAUAAAUAAGUUAUUAACAGCAGCAGUCCUAUCCUUGUGUUAUGACCCUCCAACCUUGAUACAUGUGACAAGUUAGAGACAUACAAAAAAUUAGCUAUAUAUUAGAAGUCGUGAUCUAUGCUACAUAAAUCAAUGUUGGCUGGGUGAUUAACGGGAUUUUGUCGGGCGGUCGGUUUGUUGAGUUCAUAACACACUUCGUAGGAUUCUCAAAUUAGAACGGAAUAUCUAUCCAGUAACUCCUCGUUUCCGUUAGUUGUCUUACCAAAUACAACUUGCUCUGUCAAUUAUCUUCACGCUAAAUUUAAUAUACAGUUGAUUGAUUAUUGGACAGUAUCAUGUUUGUUUAGUUCUUUGAUGAUAAUCAAGUCUCAGUGUGAUAACAGAUUUGAGUGACUCCGCAUUGCGUGCACUAUACUGAGGUGCUGGUUCUAGGUAGAUGGCAGGAAGCACUGUUCCACGUAGCUUUUGUAAUAUUUGGCACCCGUUAGCAACAUGUAAUUCAGGAGUGUAAUGCUUCUCGACGGAUUCAGUCCUGUGUCACCCAGAUUCACAGUCAAAUACGUUACUACUGAGCUAUUCGGAUCACACUUUGCUACCUGUAGGAAUAGGGACAGUAGUUUCACAUACUAGGACAAAACAGCUAUUCAGUUGUUCCAGGUUGUCAAUGGUUUUCUAACCUAUAUUGGUUCGUGAUCUUAAUAAUCUAUCUUCAUUAAUACCUGACAACAUCGCAGUUAACAUAGUCCAUAGUUCCUCUUAACUACUGCUGCUAUCUAUCAAAGGGGACGUAGUUGAAGGAUAAAUGUAAAAAGAUGUGGAGUUGGUAGCUAUGUUCUUUUGUUGUUCAAAGCAUACGCGAGGAUAACACUGUAUUUAAGCAUACUAUUCAAUAGUAGUCAAUUAUAAUUGAAAAGAAUUACUUCAACUUAAGUUGUCAUACCACAUCAACAAAACAAGAAUAACAAAUGAAUUGGAAUAAUCUCAAAAGCAAUAAUAGUGAGAAAGGCUACACAUUGAGAAGACGGAGUGAUUAUUUAUGUAUGGUAUAGUACUAGAACUCGAGAUUUAUCAUACAAUCGUAAAUAAUGCUUUCCUACUGUUACUAAGUCCUGAGCUACAUUAUCUAACGACUCUAACUACUGAUCGCACGAACCUCAACUAAGAGGUCUUCAUUUAUUAACAUAGCUGAAGCCAACAGGCGAUAAUUUUAUGACCUAAUACCUACAUAUCUUAUAUACUCAUCUCAUAUUUGGCUGAACACUAAAUUUUGUGAAUUCAUUUAACAACUGACAAUAAUUGAUCUUUAAUAUAGUUAUCACUAACCACUACUUUAGUCAGUCAGCUACAACGUACGACCAGGCACAUAUAUACAUCGUUCCAGGUUGCCAUACCUACACCAUUAAGAUCGAUCCUGAGUCAUGGCACUCAGAGUCUGCAACCAUUGGUUACGAUAGUCACGCGGACCCCAACCGAGUAGUCUACAUGUACCAACAUGGCUCAGACCAGAACUUAGUGAUUCCAAUGACUGAUGCCAUGUUGUGGUUUAGCCGCCCCUAACUUUAUUCCAGCCAUCUCCAACACUAGUCAGUUAGCAUUGCGAGUCGUGGUAAUCGGUGUUCAGGCAUACGUGACACGUGAUUCUAGCAGAUGUGAACUAUAUAUGCUUUAUUAGGAGUAGUAUUACAUUGAUCACUAACUAACUGAAUGUAUUAAACUUCAAUAAACAUUCUCAAUACAGUUUACUUUAGAACACUACAAUGAAGUCACAAUCAAUGGUGAAUAUAACUACAUAAUCAUAUGUAAUAUUAUCAGUUGUUUUUUUUCUUCAUUUAAUUAAACUCCAUUCUUAUUGUAUAUUUAUAAACUUUGUAGGUUCAGAAAAAAACAAUUCCAUACUACAUUCACUUCACGUGAUACAUUUACAUUAUGGUGUAAUUCUUCAAAUAGAUCUUGUUAUUAUUAGACAAUGUUAACUUGAAUAUUUCAGUAAAAUAUGCAAGUUGACUAAUGUUAUUUAGGAAAUAAUAUGGUAAUAGUAUAGCUUAGAGAUAAGUUUAAAACAAUUGGGAAGAUGUUUUAACUCGUUCUAAACCCGGUUGAGCCGGUAAUUUUAUCCCAAAAUCCCAUUGUACGACCGAGAGUGGAGAAAGUCAUAUCUCCCUUUCCAAAUGCUAUGAAGUGGCCACGUUCAUGUGGUCACUGUCAGGGAAGUCUCGCUCACUGCCUUUUCGCAGGAUUAUUAUUGAUUACGAAAUUGAGAGGACGAAAGGCGAAUGUCCGGGUUGGUGGAUACGGAGGAUCCACCUAAGGGAGUUGGAAAACGCCGAUUCUAAACCAAUGGUGUACAUGGGCUUCAGUAUCCUAAGGAAACAAAUGGCGUAUGAACUAAUUAUUGGUCACCGUCUACCACGGGACUGCAUCUCCUUACGCUGCUCCACUGCCUUAUAGAUUAGAUCUCUAUGUCAAAAGUACGAGGUGUGGUCUUCUAAGGAAACCAUCUGCUUUGGUCUGGGCACCCAUGAAUUCAACUAAUAAAUUUAAUUCAUUAUUAGGCAUAGAAAUGAAAUAUGUCUAGAGCGUAUGAAAACAAGUCUGUGUUUUGUUUACCUUAAGAAACCUAUUGCACAAUAAUGAAAAUAACAUUGAUAAAAUCAUAAAGAAUAUUUCAUGAAGGAUUUGGUUUCUCUGGGUGUGUGUGUGGUGUUUCAAACAACUUCAUUCUGAAUGUUUUUGGGUUUUGUCACACACACACAUUUAUGUGAAGUGUAUGAAAUGCUUAAUUGUGUGAUCUUGACCUUACGCCAGAUAUGCAGUGUACCCUAUUAGAUUAUAUUAUAACAUCUUACAUUCUAUAUUAAUUGACUUAUAAUUGAAUUAAAGUACAUUUGGGUUAAGUUUAUCAUAACUCUAAAUAAUUAAUCUUGGUUAUUAUUAUCCAUAGUGAUCUAGAUUUAAAUAAGUCAUGAUCUCAUCUGUUAUAAUUGCUAUAAUAUCCACAAAAAUACCUUCAGAUACUGACCAGCAUAUGCUCACUAGUAACUAGCUUUAAGAAGUAUUUCCUGGAGUUCUAGUGAGAAGCAGUGACCAAUGGGGUUCAACCUGGUCUGUUGUAAGAUAGUAUCUCACUGAAGAUAGUAGCGGACGGUGACGCAAUUCCUUGGAUUAGUUGAAAUUAGACGUUAACGCCGUUGGAUGCCUGCCGGCUCAGUGAUUCAGUAUUUGGGUGUUAGCGCGAAACUGAUAGAUCCUGGGUGGGAUCGUGUAUGCGCACUGCUGAGGUGUUCUAUAAUGGGACGAAGCAGCUUUCUAUUACUUCCAGGGUUCACUGUAUGUGUAAUGACAUGAGAAAAAAAAUGCUGAUCCUUCUACCUAUUCGUCUGUUGUUAUGACAACUGUAGAAUGAAUCGAAAUUUGCUCUCCUUUUCAAUAAACCAAGACUGAUAUGGUGGAAUGCAAAAACAGUGAAGAUCUAUGUUUAUUUAUGGACUUACCAUUGAUUCAAAACUGAUCAAGAUAACAUUAAAAAAAUACACUUAUUUAUAAAUCUCAUUGUAAAUGUUUACUCAGUCAAUGAAUUCGAAUGUAAUGACGUGAUGAUGUCACAGGUAUUCAGUGUUUGACAACGCUUCUACCAGUAACACCUUCUAAUAUAUUUCGUUCCCACCAAGAGAAAUCAAAAGACAGAGUCGAGGAGAUCGGAAGAGUAUAUUUGGCGAUGACCAAUAUAUCGGAAUUCUCUGAUCUAAUCUGGCUAGCGAUUGCGGUUGAUGUUGAGCACGGCGUUACCACACGUGAUCUGGUGCAGAUGCCUGACCGAGCGCCUUCAGCUAGAUGAGUCCACUAAAACAUAUGGUCAGCAUCCAAUGUCGAAAACUUAGUGCUAUUUAUUUUGGGGAUUUAUUUACCGCUACAGAUCACUCCCCCUAGUGGGGCAGUGACGACCCUAAGACGUGGCCAGCCAGAAGUUUAAACCCAACGAGUUUGUCGUUGGUAAACACUCUUCUGAUAGCUUACUAAAUUUAGCAGCGUCUGGUCGUCUUUCCUUACUAUAUGGGACGGAGGUACAACAUAGUAAAAAAGAAAAUGUACAAUGAAAAUUUCGGAUCCUCAUAAACGUCAUCGUUCUUUUCCAGCCGUCCUGGAAAAGAAAAAGAAAAUGUAAGUGCAUGUCGAAAUACACUCGUAUGUGCGUAAAAACACAAUGUCGGCGGAAAAAAAAUGGAAAAUAAACUCAUGAACACGUAAUAGCGUUAAAAAAAAUUGUUUUUUUUGUUUUGUUUUUUUUAAAUAGAAAUAAAAAUAUAUAAGCAUAUUAAAAUUGUUUUUUUUUAAAAAAAAAAUAUAAAAUUUCGAGAAGUGCCUUACGUGCAAUAGUCGUUUAAAUGUUCUGGAAAUCUCACCCUUCUUCCAGAACGCGUCGUUUUAAGUUUAUUUUCGGAUACUGUCGAAGUAUCAUCGUGUGUGUUGGUUGUCGGAUGAGGUAUUAUAAGUGUCGGAGUCGUGUCGUUCGAUUGUACCGAAGGAAAAUCCACGUAGAUAGGAUUUCUUUCUAAAUACGCUGCUUUUAAGCGAUCGAUACUGAUGCUAUCGUUGGUUCCGUUCUUAUCGACUAUAUAGUACUUAGAUUCACGUUGAAGAACUUUGAAGGGUCCUUCGUAUGCUGAUUCGAAUGGUCGUCGAUGCGAGUAUCGACGAACGAAAACGUGUGUACUAUAUCGUAAGUCAGGUUGAACGAAAACAUCAGUUGAUUGAGGUCGAGUGGAAGCAGGUUUAACUGAACGCAUUGCGUUUGUAAGCCUGUUCGUGUAGGAGGUUAGAUCCAUGUUCAUUGAAGAGGAUGAAGGAUCCACGAAUUCUCCUGGAAGUCGAAGUGUCGUUCCAUAAACGAGUUGAGCCGCAGUGUAUCCAAUGUCAGCUUUCACUGCAUUGCGGAUACCUAGUAAGACGAGUGGAAGAGCGUCGGUCCAUUGUGAAACGUUUGCAGCUGAUAGCGAAGCUUUCAGUUGUCGGUGAAAACGUUCUACCAACCCGUUUGCUUGUGGAUGGUAGGCGGUCGUUCGGAAGCGAGUGAUUCCUAAAAGUGUGGUCAGACGACGGAAAAGAUCAGAUUCAAACUGACGUCCGCGGUCUGUAGUGAUGGUUGAAGGGCAACCGAAGUUUGCUACCCAUCGUUCGACGAAGGUGCGGGCCACUGUUUCAGCAGUGAUGUCCUUAAUAGGUACUGCUUCUGGCCAUCGAGUGAAACGGUCAACGCAGGUUAAGAGAUAAGAGUAUCCAUUUGAAUCUGGUAAAGGUCCUACCAAAUCCAGAUGAACAUGGUCGAAACCUUAGAUUUUUGGCAGCUUACACAGGAGCGUGCCCACUCCCUCACGUCUUUAUUCAUUCCAGGCCAGCAAAACCUUUCUGCUAUAAGCUUGAUGGUUGCACGAACACCUGGAUGCGAAAGUUUGUGCAAUGUGUUGAAGACAUUGCGUCGAUAAUGUUUCGGCACGAUUGGGCGAUCCCUACCUGUAGAUGUGUCACAAAGUAAGGUUUCUUUACCUGUUCCCAUCUGUUUGAUGCGUAGUUUAAGGGUUGUGGACGAUAACUCGUGCUGAAGAUCACUGUCUUCUUUUUGAAGCUCGGCGAGUUUAAGAAGGUCGAUUCCUUGGAAACUGUUCAAGGAAGUUAUACGAGAUAAAGCGUCUGCAACUACAUUGUUUGCUCCAGAGAUGUGUUGAAUAUCUGAAGUAAACUGCGAAAUGUAGUCCAGUUGUCGAGACUCACGGGGAGAGUACUUGUCAGAAGGAGAGCUUAACGAGAAAGUGAGCGGUUUAUGGUCCGUGAAAAGAGUGAAUUCACGACCUUCGAUGUAGUGUUGGAAAUGCCGUACAGCACAAUACAUAGCUAGGAGUUCCCUACCGAAUGUGCUGUACCUCGAUUCGGUGUCUAGCAACCUUCUAGAGAAAAAUGCCAAGGGUUGCCAGGAGUUGUUAACCCAUUGUUGUAAGACUCCUCCGAUUGCUGAGUCGGAUGCGUCUACUGCGAUGCUAAUGGGUGCUCGGGUGUCCUGAUGUGCGAGCAUU